AUGCUCGCGCUCCAAAUCCCUCGCUUGCUCAAGGGCGCUUCGCUCCCCGUCAUCUUUCAGUCUACCUCCGCGGACCCACACACGAGGCUCGAGGACUUCACGGACUUGCUCCGCAUGCAGGCCGGCGGGGUAGAUGAGAGGCGGCGCAUCGAGGAGCGGCGGAUCAUGCUCGCCACCUCGCUGGGCGCGCUCUACCAGCUAGUCAUCCAGCCGUCGCCCUCGGUCUCGACUGCAAAUACCUUGGUAAGCCGCCUGGCCGCCAAGAUUCUGACCGCGCCUCAGCUUAAGCUCUCGCUGGCGGACCAGCUGGCCAUCCUCGCGACGGCCGUUCAUGAUCGGCAGCACCUCGUCCAACCGGGGGCCUCCGCGGAGGAUGGCGGGCCGGCGUCCUCGGGCGACCAGCCGCCGCCGCCCAAGCUUUUGGAGAAGGCUCUGAUGAUGCCCAACUUCCAGGCUCUGGCCGCCAGCCUCGAGGGCGCGGACGCACAACAGGACUGA